AUGGACAGGCUCAACGGGUGGCUCCUCGAGUGCGACGACAAUGAUGCUUCCAAGAUGAAGGCCAUCUCGGAUGAGUUCUGUAGGACUUCCAAUGACAUGGACUUGCUCGUGGAUUUCAUGGACACGGGCGUCAUCUUCAUCGACGACCAGGAAGCAAUGAGUCGUGGUGAGGAGCCAGAGCACCUCGUCCGCGCCUCCUCCGUCUGCAAGCCGUGGCGCGGCAUCCUCGCUGACGCCGGCUUCCGCCGCCGCCACCUCAAGCUCCACUGGACGCCUCCCGUCCUGGGACUCUUCCAGAACAUCCGAGGAGACUGCCGAUUCGUCCCGACCUCCUCCUUUCGGCCUGCCAAGCCUGACCUUCGCGGCUGGCUUGCGGUGGACUGCCGCCACGGCCGCGUCCUCUUCCGCCACGGUUCUGAAUUCGUCGUCUGGGAUCCGAUUACGGGCGGCGAGCGCCGCGUGCCCUUGCCGGACAACAUGGAACUCACUAGCUUCGCGGCGGCGGUGCUCUGCGCCGCGGAAGGCUGCGACCACCAUGGCUGCCAAGGACAAGGAGGGCCGUUCCGCGUGGCCGUCGUGUCUACCGCACAGGUUAACAAAGUCACAUCUGCCUGCUUAUACUCAUCGGAGACCGGCGCGUGGAGCCAGCGAACCUCUGUCGGCAACCUCCCUACCUGGGGUUUGGGCGACCGGAAUAGGAAAAUGACGAGCGUCAUCGUGGAUGAUGGGCUCUACUUCAACAGCAUUGGAUAUCACAUUGUCAAGUACCAACUAGCCACACUUGACUUGUCACUGUUUGAGAAGCCGGUCAGGUGCCGUGAAGGGGAACUCAUUACGACGGAAGACGGUGGGUUGGGAUUUGCCGUCAAGGGAGAACAGCCCCUGAUGGAGCCCUGGGAUGGGCACAACACAGGGUAA